CCUCCGCAGGCGGCUGCAGGCGGCGCCCCCUGGCGGCCCGGCGGGCGGUGCUGCCGCGGGGCGCGCGGGGCCGGUGGCGGCGGCGGCCAUGUCCCGCCGGGGCCCCGCUCAGGACUCGGGCACCCCUAGGCGCAAGGCGGUGCAGGCCAUGCGGCCACGGGCCGCUGCGGGGCAGGCGGAGGCCCAGCAGCUGCAGGAGCUACGGAGUCGGACGGAGAAGGCCGAGCGGAGGCUGCUGGCCUGCGAGAACCUGGUCGGGGAGCUGGGCAGCAACCUGGCCGCCCUGGGCAGCCUCCUGCAGGACUACGGGCACCUCCAGCAGCGGCUGGACAACGUGGAGAAUCUCCUGAAGAACAGGAACUUCUGGAUCCUGCGGCUGCCCCCUGGCUCUCGGGGAGAGGUCCCCAAGGUACCGGUCACAUUCGAUGACAUUUCAGUGUACUUCAAUGAGCAGGAGUGGGAGAGACUGGACCGUUGGCAGAAGGAUCUGUACAGGGCUGUGAUGAGGGGGAACUACGAGACGCUGAUCUCCCUGGACUAUGCUGUGUCCAAGCCUGACAUCCUCUCCCGGAUCGAGAGGGAUGAAGAGUUCUGUGUAAAAGACAGUCAGAAGUCCCCGCUGACAGGCAUCCGAGACGGUCAGGAGUCCCCACUGACACCAGAAGAGAUGGACCAGGUGGAAGAGGCUUUGGGAGAAGAUGAAGUCCCUGUGGAAGCUGACACUGAUAAGUUAGGCUGUGCUGUGCCCAAGCCUGAUGUCCUGUCCCAGAUCGAGAGGGAUGAAGAGCUUUGCGUCAAAGACAGUCAGGAGCCCCCACUGACGCGUAUCAGAGACAGUCAAGAGCCCUCGCAGACAAGUGUCCGAGACAGUCAGGAGUCCCCGCUGACACACAUGGGAGACAGUCAGGAGUCCCCACAGACGCCAAAAGAGAUGAACCAGAAGGAAGAGGCUUUGGGAGAAGACAAAGUCCCCAUGGAAGCUGACGCAGACCCCCCCAUCCUGGUGAUGAAUGUCAUGUCCCUGAGUGCGCAAAAAGAGGAGCUGCGCAGGGAAGAUCAGCCUGAGACAGAGAUGGAAGAGGACCCGGCUGAGUCCAACAGUGAGGAAGGCUUUUUAAUGGAAAAUGAAAUGGCGUGUGGAGGGGCUUCUGAAAACAUCAAGGUGAAGGAAGAGGAGCCUGAGGUGCUGCAAGAGGUUUCUGCACCUUCUCCUGACCCAGAGAUCCAGAAGUGCCCCAAAAGUGAGCAGGCCAAGGCCAAGAGCAAGAAGAAGCCGAGCAGGUGUGAAAGCAGCAGCCUGCUGAUGGGCAACUGUCGGCGCGGCUACGUGCGCGAGUGGUCGCACCCCUGCACCGAGUGUGGGAAGCGUUUCCGUCUGAAAAUCAACCUCAUCAUCCACCAGCGGAGCCAUGCCAAAGAGGGACCCUAUGAAUGCACGAUAUGUGAGAUCAGCUUUGCGGACAAACGCCACCUGGACCUUCACCAGAGCAUCCACAUAAAAGAUAGGGCCUUUGGGGCCAAGGUCUGGGGGAACGUCCACCCAGAGCUGAGGAUCCGGCCGAGGAGGAAGUUCUGCGGGGCUUUCUGCGGAGGUGCCCACAGCCUGGGCAAUGGGACAUGUGCUGGGGGGCCCUGGCUCAGCCAGGCCAAGGAGGAGCAGGACAGAGGGAGCCUGUCCAGCAUGUGUUUCUCCCGACAGCAGAGUCCUAAGUCUCGUAGGAAGCCUCUGCUGAAAUGCAGUCAUUGCAAAAAGAGUCUCUCUUGCACCUUCUCCCUUCAGCGGCACUUGCAAACCCACUUGCGGGACAGGCCAUAUUGCUGCUCCGCCUGCAAGAAAUGUUUCACACGCAGAACUCACCUCUCACGCCACGAGAAAAUACACGACCGCCAGAAAGCCCUGGCUGCACUCCAACAGCCUGCGACGGCCCAGCCCGCAACCGCCGUGCCAGCACCCCGGCAGCCCCAGCCACAAGGAGCCCCGGAGGCACCCGCGGGCAGGAGCAUUCCUCGCUCAGCAGCUCAGGCAUCCGAGAAAAACAUUAGCCCUGUGGCCACCACAGCCAAAGCAGUUCCAGCAAACGUGCUUCUGCUUGGUCCUGAAGAACUCAGACCACCAGACAAGAACUGCCACAUCCAUGGCUGGGGUGGGAGAGCCGUCCAGCCUGUGGUUAGACUGGGAAAUAGGGCAGUGGUAUCAGGGAUGAUGGAGAAAUGACAGCAGGAGAGAUCCAAACUGCUUGUGUCCCUGGAGAGAAACUGUGAGCAUUGAUUUUGCACAUGGUGGGGCACUGGGGUUGUGAACCAUCUGCUGCUGGAUUUUAGGAGCUUUCCUGGAUCGCAGAAAGAAUCAAAAGCUUGGAUACCAUGAUAGAGAGCAAAUUAUAGAAGCCUCCAGUGAUCCAAAAUGCUUUACCAUUCCUCAGACUCUUGUAUCUCCUGGCUGAUGCACAAAAUUUUCCCAAGCUGACCUUCCUGGGAGAUUACCAGAUAUGUCUCCUGCAGCCCAGUGAGAGGAAUUGCAAACAGCAGCUGAGCUCACUCAUUACUUGAUGCUGGAGCUGACCCCUUGCAUUUGGAAAUACAAUUACAUGGUGAAGAGGAUCGAGCUGGGGAGCCCGGUGGGAUUCCUGAGUAGCUCUUCACUUCACUGACAAAGUUCCUUGACCAAGACGCCGGAUGAAGAGAGCGUGGCAUCUCCGAGACCACAUCGCGUCCUGGCCAUGCUUGUUUAAUAACCCUCCCUGGUGAGGAAAUGUGCUGAUCCCUCGAUCAGGUUGCGAACACGUGAGUGUUGCAUUGGAAGAUAAGUAGAACAAAUCAAACCACAAUAUUUUCUGCUUGUGAGGGUGCUGCAGGUGUUUCUGAAGUCCAAGCAGCACUCCUUCCUCUGACAAGGCCAGCCUGUGAGAGCCAGAAACACCCAUGAGAGUUCAUUCCGUCAGGACCAGCCUGCACAGAUGGAGAGUCACUUUAGAAACACUUCACGGGUAAGAUUACACCUGCACUGCAGCAGCAGCCCACAUGAGGAUCCCUCCUUGGGGCUGCUGCACACCGACGCUGGCUUUUGCAUGGGAGCAGCCCCUCUGCUCGGCCCCGCUGCAGAAGGAAGCCCCCACUCUCCAAACUGCAGGUGGUCUCCUUUAGUCAUGUGCAAAAAUCCCACCGUAACUAAUCGUAUGGAAGACCAGUUCUGCUAGCUACCUCAAAUGUCGUGGAGAGAGACCUGCCCAGAGGCAGAUGGGUAACUGGAGCCCAAUAAGCGAUGAAAGCCAGGCCAGGUGUGGCUCCGGUGUUCCCAGGAAUCACUUGAACCACACGUGUCUGCAGCCAGAGGCCUGUGUGCGUCAUGUGCGCUGCUCUCAGAAGCACGAAUUGUGUGCAGAUAGAGGAAAUUGGUCCUGGUGGCAUCGCUGUGCAGACCAAAUGGAGAAGCUGUUAAGACUCUUGAGUUUAGUUUUCUGGGUGUUUUUUUUCACUGACUUGCUUGCUGUAAUUAUUUGACAUCACUAAGUCUCUGUCCCUCUAUGUGCAAGGGAUGUGGGGAACCAGUUUGCUUAUCAGAUU